AUGGAAUCCGGGAGAAGGGGAUGGAAUCUGGGAGAAGGGGGUGGAAUCUUGGAGAAGGUGAUGAAAUCUGGGAGAAGGGGAUGGAAUCUGGGAGAAGGGGAUGGAAUCUGGGAGAAGGGGAUGGAAUCUGGGAGAAGGGGAUGGAAUCAGGGAGAAGGGGAUGGAAUCUGGGAGAAGGGGAUGGAAUCUGGGAGAAGGGGGUGGAAUCUGGGAGAAGGGGAUGGAAUCUGGGAGAAGGGGAUAGAAUCUGGGAGAAGGGGAUGGAAUCUGGGAGAAGGGGAUGGAAUCUGGGAGAAGGGGAUGGAAUCUGGGAGAAAGGGAUGGAAUAUGGGAGAAGGGGAUGGAAUAUGGGAGAAGGGGAUGGAAUCUGGGAGAAGGGGGUGGAAUCAGGGAGAAGGGGAUGAAAUCUGGGAGAAGGGGAUGGAAUCUGGGAGAAGGGGAUGGAAUAUGGGAGAAGGGGAUGGAAUCUGGGAGAAGGGGAUGGAAUCUGGGAGAAGGGGAUGGAAUCAGGGAGAAGGGGAUGGAAUCUGGGUGAAGGGGGUGGAAUCUGGGAGAAGGGGGUGGAAUCUGGGAGAAGGGGAUGGAAUCUGGGAGAAUGGGGAUGGAAUCUGGGAGAAGGGGAUGGAAUCUGGGAGUAGGGGAUGGAAUCUGGGAGAAGGGGGUGGAAUCGGGGAGAAGGGGAUGAAGUCUGGGAGAAGGGAGAAGGGGAUGGGAUCUGGGAGAAGGGGGUGGAAUCUGGGAGAAGGGGGUGGAAUCUGGAAGAAGGGGAUGGAAUCUGGGAGAAGGGGAUGGAAUCUGGGAGAAGGGGAUAGAAUCUGGAAGAAGGGGAUGGAAUAUAGGAGAAGGGGAUGGAAUAAGGAAGAAGGGGAUGGAAUCUGGGAGAAGGGGAUGGAAUCUGGGAGAAGGGGGUGGAAUCAGGUAGAAAGGGAUGGAAUCUGGGAGAAGGGGAUGGAAUCUGGGAGAAGGGGAUGGAAUCUGGGAGAAGGGGAGGGAAUCAAGGGAGAAGGGGAUGGAAUCUGGGAGAAGGGGAUGGAAUCUGGGAGAAGGGGAUGGAUUCUGGAAAAGGGGAUGGAAUCUGGGAGAAGGGGAUGGAAUCUCGGAGAAGGGGGUGGAAUCUGGGAGAAGGGGAUAGAAUCUCGGAGAAAGGGAUGGAAUCAGGGAGAAGGGGAUGGAAUCUGGGAGAAGGGGAUGGAAUCUGGGAGAAAGGGAUGGAAUAUGGGAGAAGGGGAUGGAAUAUGGGAGAAGGGGAUGGAAUAUGGGAGAAGGGGAUGGAAUCUGGGAGAAGGGGAUGGAAUCUGGGAGAAGGGGAUGGAAUCAGGGAGAAGGGGAUGGAAUCUGGGAGAAGGGGGUGGAAUCUGGGAGAAGGGGGUGGAAUCUGGGAGAAGGGGAUGGAAUCUGGGAGAAUGGGGAUGGAAUCUGGGAGAAGGGGAUGGAAUCUGGGAGUAG